CUCGUGAGGACCGCCCUCUGUUUCUGCCCACGUGGUCUGGGCCUCCCGCCCCGGGCAGCUGGCGAGUUCAGGGUCCUUGGGCUGCGGAUUUCUCUACGUCCGGAGGCGCUGACCAGUCUUCUCCGCCUUGUGCGUCAGGCCGCGCUGCGGUUAUCCGCUCCGGGACCCUUUUUCAGGGCCACCAGAAACCCAGCCCUUUGCUGGGGGCGCUGCCGGCGCCGCCCUCCGCCCUCUCUACCAGUAGGCCGAUUCUCUUGGUAGCAGUCGGUGGGGUGGGGAAAUGGUCGUGCUUUCGGUGCCCGCCGAAGUCACUGUGAUCCUGUUAGAUAUCGAAGGUACCACAACCCCGAUUGCUUUCGUGAAGGACAUUUUAUUUCCUUACGUGAAAGAAAAUGUUAAAGAGUAUCUGCAGACACAUUGGGAAGAAGAGGAGUGCCAACAGGAUGUCAAUCUUUUGAGGAAACAGGCUGAAGAGGACUCCCACCUGGAUGGGGCUGUCCCGAUCCCAGCAGCCUCUGGUAGCGGUGUGGACGACCCGCGGUGGAUGAUCCAGGCCGUGGUGGAUAACGUGUACUGGCAGAUGUCCCUGGACCGGAAGACCACGGCGCUGAAGCAGCUGCAGGGCCACAUGUGGAGGGCGGCGUUCAAGGCUGGGCAUAUGAAGGCAGAGUUCUUUGAAGACGUGGUUCCGGCUGUCAGGAAGUGGCGAGAGGCUGGAAUGAAGGUAUAUGUCUAUUCUUCAGGGAGUGUGGAGGCGCAGAAACUAUUAUUUGGGCAUUCUACAGAGGGGGACAUUCUUGAGCUUGUGGACGGUCACUUUGAUACCAAGAUUGGACACAAAGUGGAGAGUGAGAGUUACCGAAAGAUUGCCAGCAGCAUUGGCUGUUCAACCAACAACAUCUUGUUUCUGACGGAUGUUUCCCGAGAGGCCGGCGCUGCUGAGGAGGCGGACGUGCAUGUAGCUGUGGUGGUAAGACCAGGCAACGCAGGGCUGACUGAUGACGAGAAGACCCACUUCAGCCUCAUCACCUCCUUCAGUGAGCUGUGCCUGCCCUCCUCAGCCUAGAGGAGGGACCCGAGGGAGACCAGACUGUCUGCACAGCGUCGUCCCUGUCCUCUGGUUUCAUUCUAAUGGUGAAAGGCGUCUGCUUAAAAAAUACAGAUAAACACACACGGAGGGUUUGUUAAGUGUGUGCAUGUUCAAAUUUCCUUCCACAAGCACAUAGUGGAAAAAAGAAUCUCAGUUCAGUGAAAAGGAGACUUAUUUUAAAGAUGCUCUAUAUGUAGACAUUGUUUGGGACCACAACUCUAACCCUUAUGCAGGGCGACGUAUAGUUGAGAGAAGAAGUUAUGACUGAACAGGUCAAAUGUGUUAAUGUUUAUUAAGUCACGGAUCAAAAUAGAUUGGGUUGAGUGGUUUCUCAGAAGCCUUGUUAUUUUGAAACUAGAAGUAUUUCAAAGACAUUCCUAAUAAUAAUCUACUUCCCCUUUUAAAUUGUGAGUUUAAGAUUACAACAACCUAAUUUGAAACUAUUAAUCUCUCUGUUUACAAAUGACAAAGCUAUUUGUUAUUUGUUUCUGCUCCAGAAGAGAGCAGAGUUGGGAAAGAAAAUGCAUGUGAGUCUUGAUUAACCAAGUGUUUAUUACUUAAGAAACUUGCUGAUCACUGUGGUACCCAUAGCAAGCAGUUGUCUUACCAGUGGAAAAGAUGCACUAAUGUAACAGCUAAAAUAGAAAUGUGCUUCCUAAGGUUUAACCAAACAGCCCUAAUCCUGCCCGUUGUUACAGAUUUCAGAGAUGCCCAGCUAACUACUUCUUAGCACAGUUUGAGAACAGAUGUUAAUUCCUAUUUACUCUUAAAAAAUAAAUGGUUUACUGAAAUUUGUCCAAAAGACCUAGAGCCCUGAUAUCUAAUAUGAAAUGGAUACAAGAAAUGUAAAUUUUAUAACAGCUUUAUUUAUCCUGGUUCAGCCUAAUGGGAUGUCAUGUCAGUUUCAUGUGAUUAAUAAAAGCAUUUUCUUCUUCACUCA